UAAAUUUCUUACGACCAACGACCAACGACUCAUUGUAGACUGGGCAUUAUGGUUAUGUCAAUUCAGUGUGAGGGCCUUUAGCCUAACAAUGUUUGAACGGUUGGAAGAUUGGAAGAGGCAAUAAUGGAUAAUUAUCGUUUACCAAAACGAGCGAAAUUGGACAUUCCUACCAAAAAUUUGGAUUAUCACAAAACACAAGAAAAGAUUACUGCAAGCAAAAAUGUUCAGAACGACGAUCUUUGGGGUGACGAUUUCGAUGAAGAAGAUAUUGAGGAAAUAGAUCUGAUAGCAUCUCAAGCUUGUGUACAGAGAAUAACAACUGUUCCUGCCUACAAUGAAACGUAUUCAAAAUCAGCACUGACUACAGAAAAGCCAAACUUACAAUUGCUAAGAAAGAAUGUACAAGGUAUAAGUCAAAAUACUGAGGAUAUAACAGAGAUUAAUUAUUCGCAGUUUAAAAACAAAUUAAUAGAUAAAAAGAAUCAUAAUUCGACCUUUCAUAGAACCAAUAACUUCAUUGUACAAGAUGACAAAGAAUUGGAAAAACUAAAAGCUGAAAACAAAAAGUUAUUAAAUGAUUUUAUAACCAAAGAUGGCGAAACUGUAUUUCUGCGACAGCAAUUGCAACAAACUCAGUUACGAAUUGAAAAUGAGAAAUUAGAAAAGAUGCGUUUAAUGGAGGAACAAGCUAAUCGUCAUAGAUCAGAGAUUAAUCAAAUUUAUAAGGAAAAACAACAGUUAAAAACACAAUUAGAAUUACAAAAUCUAGAAAUAGGAAAUCUUCAGGAACGUUGUAGAUUAUUAGAAUCUGGAAAUAUUAAAUUAAAAGAACCACAAAUAUUAUAUAUGAACGCUUCUAUAGACAAGAACAAGUAUAGUAGCACAAUAAAUCGGACUACAAAUAUGAAUAGAAAUUUAAGAAUGAAAGAAGCAUGUGUACAAGCGAAUAUCUACAAGAAAAAUGAUCAUCAACUUAAGACAUGUAUUACAUAUUUUCCUCUUGCAAGAAUUUCAGAAUUAAUAUUUGGAGCAUCGCUACCAGAGAAAUCUAUUAUUAAUAUUAAAGUCAUGGAAAAAACUGGUAGAAGAAAUUUACCCAUUUUGCAAGAAGAAGAAACAUUUAGAAUUUUUGAAAAUCCCGAAUUAGUAAAACCAAUAGUUACUACAAUAGAUGGAAAAAGAUUAACGGCAGAAUUUGUUUUGAUUGAGAUUGCAGCCAUUGAAAAAAAAGUUAAUACCGAAAUAGAAUCAGAAAGAAGUAUACCAAUAAUCAACAAACUAAUCUUGGCAACAAGAGAAUUAAUAUUGAAUAUUAUAACAGUUUUGGAAAGAAUUUUUCAAGCUAUGAAAAAUGACGAUAUUCGGGAUAUGAACGACUUAUAUUUACUUUCUACAGUUUAUAAAGAUCAUAGUAUAUGCACCAAGUCUGAAUGCGAAGCAGAUUCAUGGCAUGAGGACGAACGUGGUAUUGAAGCUAGAAGAUUACUCGGUAUACUUUCACACAUUAGUAUUGAAUCGUCAUAUUUAAGUAAUUAUCUAGCAGGAAAGUCACAAUUGCUGACACGCAGUGACGAAAGUUAUAAUCAUUAUGUGCAACAAAUGACAAGUUAUAAUACAUGGCCGAAAAAGAAUCAAGAAUUUGAAAUGCUUCAGAUUAUCCUAGAAUGCAUCACUUUAAUAGAACAUGUUAGGAGAUCUCAUCAGUUUACAGGUCUUAUAAAUGCAAUUAUAAAACUAUUGUGUAAUGUGCAGCAGAAAGUUGGUUAUUGUGACAAAGGAUUAGAAUAUAUUUGUCUUAUAUUCAAAGAACUCGUAUUUUCAAGACCAUUGUCACUUUGCUACGUUUCGUUAGCAAAUUUUGUAAUGGUUUUCAGUAAAUGCAAUAUAUUUGUAUCAAAACUGUGUACAAGUUCGCAACUAAUGACGAUAAAAAGAUGGAAAGGAGUUUUACAUUUUACACCAGAUGCUUGUGUUUUACAAAUUCUUAUGGCACAAAUGGAGCAUUUUUGUCCAGAUUUUGUCACUAUAAUAAACAUGACAUAUGCAUUGAUAUCACCAGUAUGGCAUGUCUUACAGAGAAAUAAUUUAUUAAGAAACGAAAGUUUGGAAUCCUGUAAUUGUUAUACUAAAUUAUUACGAUUUAUAAUUAACAUGUUAAAAAAAUGUUCCGAAAAAAAUUUGGAAAUAAUCAAUAAUGCUGAGUUGCAAGAUUUAUUUUAUGCUUCUAAAAGAUGUUACAUUUUGAAAAGAAUUAAUGCAUGCCAGAUGAAACAUAGUAAGCAAAAUGUGGAGAAGCAUCUGGCACAGACAUAUUCGGAAAAGUUAGAUCAUAAUUUUUGGUGUGAUAUCAAAAAAACUCAAUACAAAGUAUUGAGACAGGGCAUAAGAUUUUUGUGCCAUCUCGCGAUUUGUGAUCCUGAUUUCGUUAUUCGAUCGUCUGACAUUGAAGAUUCAUUUCAUUUAUUUAUACGAAACAUUGCUCUUUUUGACGAUUUGGUACUUCAUGAAAAUGAACAGGAGGCAUUAGAUCGUAUAAAAACUACAUUUAUCAUCGACAAAGGUGUACAAUGCGAAGAUGAGAAACAUAAAAACGUACAUGUUAAUCAAUUACAUAUGACAAAUUUUGAAAAGAAAAUUUCUGCAACUGAGAAGAAUCGCUAUAUUGGAUCUGUUGAAAAUUAUAGUAGAGUGUAUAUGGCCAUCAAAGCGUUAUAUAAUUCUAAAACAGAAUGCAGAGAUAAUUAAAUAUAUUUGAUUUACCAACAUUUUUUGUUAGAAGAUAUCUUUGAAUUGGUUUUAUAGUAUUUAAAUUUUUUUUACACAAUUAAAAAACAAACAUAAAGAGGGCAAAGGAGUUUAUGUUAAUAAUGAAAAAUUAUGCUAAUAAAAACUUCAAAUAUAUGAAA